AACCUGGAGAUUUAAAAGCCGCCGGCUGGCGCGCGUUAGGGGGAGGCUGGGGGGACGAACUUGCACGCGCUAGCCCCAGGUGACAGCCGCCCGCCUCGGCCAGCUCUUGGCUAUGGACAGUGCUAUCACCCUGUGGCAGUUCCUCCUUCAGCUCCUACAGAAGCCUCAGAACAAGCACAUGAUCUGCUGGACGUCUAAUGAUGGGGAGUUCAAGCUUCUGCAGGCAGAAGAGGUGGCUCGUCUCUGGGGCAUUCGAAAGAACAAGCCUAAUAUGAAUUAUGACAAACUCAGCCGAGCCCUCAGAUACUAUUACGUAAAGAAUAUCAUUAAAAAAGUGAAUGGUCAGAAGUUUGUGUACAAGUUUGUCUCUUACCCAGAGAUUUUGAAGAUGGAUCCAAUGACAGUAGGCAGGAUUGAGGGAGACUGUGAAGCUUUAAGCUUUAGUGAAGUCAGCAGCAGUUUCAGAGAUGUGGAGAAUGGAGGGAAAGAGAAGCCACCUCAUCCUGGCGCCAAGACCUCUAGCCGCAAUGACUAUAUACACUCUGGCUUAUAUUCUUCCUUCACUCUCAACUCUUUGAACUCCUCCAAUAAGAAGGUUUUCAAAUCUAUAAAGAUUGAGAAUCCAGCUGAGAAAUUGGCAGAGAAAAAAUCUCCUCAGGAGCCAGCACCAUCUGUCAUCAAAUUUGUAACAACACCUUCCAAAAAGCCACCAGUUGAACCUGUCGCUGCCGCCUUUUCUACUGGCCCAAGUAUUUCUCCAUCUUCAGAAGAAACUGUCCAAGUGCUGGAGACUUUGGCUUCCCCCAAACUGCCUUCCCUGGAAGCCCCAGCCUCUGCAUCCAAUGUAACUGCUGCCACGCCUCCUGUUUCGUCCAUGCCCCCUUCUUUGCAGGAGCCUCCUAGAACACCUUCGCCACCGCUGAGUUCUAACCCAGACAUUGACACAGACAUCGAUUCGGUGGCUUCUCAGCCAAUGGAACUUGCAGAGAACUUGCCACUGGAGCCUAAAGACCAGGAUUCAUUUUUGCUAGAAAAGGACAAAACAAAUAAUUCAUCAAGAUCCAAGAAGCCUAAAGGAUUAGAGCUGGCGCCCACCCUUGUGAUCACAGGCAGUGAUCCGAGCCCACUGGGAAUAUUAAGUCCAUCUCUCCCUACAGCUUCUCUUACGCCAGCACUUUUUUCACAGACGCCCAUCUUACUGACUCCGAGCCCCUUGCUCUCCAGUAUCCACUUUUGGAGUACUCUUAGCCCUGUUGCUCCCCUGAGUCCAGCCAGACUGCAAGGUGCUAACACUCUUUUCCAGUUUCCUUCUGUACUGAACAGUCAUGGGCCGUUCACUCUGUCUGGCCUGGAUGGACCUUCCACCCCUGGCCCAUUUUCCCCAGAUCUACAGAAAACAUAACCUAUGCACUUGUGGAAUGAAAGAACAAAGGAAUAAAGAAGCGGGGACGUUCAACAUGAUUAUAUUUGAAGUGAGCAAUUGAUAGUUCCACAAUGCUAAUAAUAGACUAUUGUGAUUUUUGCCGUUCCUCAUUGAAAUGCCUUUUUAGGUUUUCCUUUGAAUAAGACUCAAAUUGGACUAUGUAUAAAAAUGCCUUAAUUGGAGUCCUAACUCCACCUCCCUCUUUUUCUUUUUUUUUUAAAUAUUUUGAACUUUGUGUUAAAGGAAUUUUUGGUGGGGUUUAGCAGCUGGCUAUGCUUUGCAAGAGUGAUUAAGAACAAAGUUACUCCUUCUGCCUUAUUGGAACUCUUUGGCCAAGAAAAAAAGCAUGCUUUGAGUAUAUUAUUUAAAGACGUAUUAGUUAAAUGAAAUUGGCCAUAUUUUUAGGACUAAGUGUGCUCUGUUGAAUAACUAAAAGUGAGCUGUACAUAAGCAGUGACAGAGAAGAAUCUUUCCUAUUCACACAAAGUAAGAUUGGAGCAGUACUAUUGGGGAGAUUCUAUUCUGCUGUGAAUGUAACCUGUGUAAGCAACUCCACAAAAAGGCAUCUCAUUGACAUUUAUUCAGGGUAGGUCUCUUAGCCACAUGUGUGAUCUUGUCUGAACCUGUCAUCAGAGCAUGGUGCUAGUCUAUUUCAAGAUAGGAAGAUCUUUAAACCUGGGGUUUAAGAUAGUAUUUGGAACAGCCAGUGAGUGUAUGGGACCCCAUGUCUAGCACAGAAAUGUUGUUUGCUCUCUGGGUGAUGUGAUUACACACCCGUGGAAUACAGCAUGGUAAAUGAUGGCUUUUAGGAUGAUGAACCUGGGUUUUGAAAUUUUGAGGCAUCUCUUGAGUAAAAGAUUGAAUAAGAUAACCUGAAACAACAUGUGGGGCUUUUCCCAGUUUGAAGAUACUCAGUGU